AAAUGACAAAAUAAGUGUGGCAAUACUAACACAAGUGAGCAAUGUAUGUUGUACACGUCCUGCGGUAAGAAAUUCGUGACGAAAAAAGAAAAAAAGAAGACGGCGGUGAACAAAAGAAUACGAAAACUUCCAAGUUCAACGGAUCUUCGAGGCCUUUAGCGAUAUUCUUAUAAUAACACGUCUGCGGGGAAGAAGUGUCAUUUAAAAUAAAUACUGCUGAUGCGCGCAACUUGUAAAAAAGAUACGGCAGUACAUUUUGUGUUAUUUUGUCCGCGCACUUAUUCGUUCGCAACUGGUGUACAGUAUUUCGCAUAUUUUUCACAGGGCUUUUGUGACUAUUGGAUUUCAUAUAUGAACACAGAGAUGCACGUGACGCUGUUGGCACUUGCAUUGCUGGCUGCCAGCUCGCAGCUGGUGAGUUCGAGCGUUUUCGUCGCGGAUAUGGCGAUGACGCGGAUGAUCGAGCUCAACUCGGACGCACCAUUCUGCGCCCUCUACCACGAUCGCGGCACCAUACAGAACGUCGUCCUCAAUUCGGAUCCCAAAAAGGUUCGACAGAUAUCCAAUAAUCUUGUGGCCGAUCUCGAGGAGACUUGCAAACUAUCGCGCAGUAAGGGCAAGAAUCAACCGUCAGGUGGUAUAAUGUAUCCGGGAACAAAGUGGUGCGGUCCGGGCAACACGGCGAAAUCGUACGACGACUUGGGGAUACACGCUGCCGAGGACUCGUGCUGUCGCGAGCAUGACCAUUGCCCGGUAACGAUCAAUCCGCAGCAAUGCAUCCACGGAAUUUGCAACAUCUCGCCGAUCACGCGUUCCCACUGCGACUGUGACGCCAAGUUCCGCCGCUGCCUUCAGGUCAUCAACACCGAGGUCGCUAAUACCAUCGGCGCGCUUUUCUUCAAUGUAAUACAAGUCACCUGCUUCAAAGAGAGACGCCCUUGUUCCCAGUGGCAAAGUUGUCAGGUUUACGAGUGGCAGCGAUCGCAAAGGUACAUUUUGCCGAAAAUGUGGCAACCAAGAACGAUAGCAAAUAAACCAAUAAAUCUUAGAACGAUUUUCCAAUCGUUUAAUAACUGGAUUCAGCAGCUCAUCGCAAGACAAAGCCCUAGACUUCGAUAUUGACUGACUUAUUGAGAAUUGAAUGGGUACGCCGAAUCUGAAUGGGCUCGACUAUGCUCUCAAUACAAAUUUCAACCUAGUGACAAGUAUGUGCCAUUGAUGCCGCUCAAUUUGUAACCAGGCUGUGAAUUUUGGGUGGAUUUCAGCAUACAAAUUGCUAACCCUUAUCUUGAACGGCAAAUUUUAGAUUUUAUAAUUAUAUUUAUAGUCUUUAUAGUCAAUCAAGUGUCAAGUGGCGUCAAAUAGAUUUGUGAAAUCUUGUAAUAGUCAGCUUUAUGCUUUCUCUUAUAUUAGUAGAGAAACUUUAUUUGCCUUUAAUUAAACAAUGUGCACGUAUGACAAUGUAUUCCAAAUAACAAUGAAUCAUUUGCCAAUUACAAUUUUAUUGGUCACAACUAAUUGAAUAUCUCUUACGAAAGUACAAGCAUGAUAUUUCAUCAUAAUACUUAUUCGAAAGGCAUUUUAUGUAUCAUAUGAAAUAUGAAUUGGUAAAAAGAAUACGAUCUUUUACACACUCGCAGUAUAUGUAAACUUAUCGAAGAAUGUUAUAUAUAAGCGUUAUUCUUUUUGUAUCCAUGUAAGUUAAGUUUUUAUACGCAUAAAAUAAUUAUCACCCCUAAAAUAUAAUUCGAUUUCUAAAUGUGUAAUUUUUCAUGUUACAACUAUAAUUGAAUCAUAUAUAGAUACAUAAAAUACUUGCAAUGUUAAUUUUAUUAUAUUUUGUUUUCUUUUUUAAGUGACAAAAAUAUUAAAUGUAAAUCAUAUCAUUAAUUAGAUUAACAAUUACGAUAUUUAAUUGCUAAUCGUAAAUAAAAGUAAAUGUUUUAUAUAUCUUCUUACUUAUUAAUCAGUACAGAAAUUAUAUAACAGAUUUCUUGAAAUAUUAAAGUUUUUCAUUAAAUAUUUUUUGCAGCAUGAAGGCUGUGCAUAUGUUUAAGUGUGUGAUAUUAGUUUUCUUCGUAUGUAAAAACCUUAUAAUUUAAAACUUUUUGAACUAUUUUGAAUUAGCGUGGGUAGAUGGAAUAAAUAUUGAUCGAGUAAACUAUUUUUAUCACAAGCCAUUUGUUACAUAAUGAUUUUAGCAGUACAGUGCGAUUUGGAGGAAAUCAACUGGGAGUUUGGUUAGAUUGCUUUCCUGCAUUUCAACAAAAUCUGAAUAAUAAGACAGUCAAUUGGUGCAAAGCCAAUUUUCUUAGUUAGCUAUUUUUUUAUUAGUAUAGUUAAGUUGAAAAUGUUAAGCAUUAAGGUAGUUAGAAAAACUUGUCGUUUACCUGAGUUCUGAACUUUCAACAAAAUGAAAAAGACAAAAGAAUUCUUUUUAACUUAAUCAAAGUCAUUUUCUUAAUCUUUUUUUGGACUGUUUAAGUGAACCUUUUUCUCAACAGGCAGAAAAAGUUCAAUACCUUUCUAUAGAAAUAUUAUCCCUAUAAAUCUAUUCCACAGAUUUUAAAUGGUAUAUAUGUCGCUUUUUCUUCGACAAUAUAAAUUCUUAAAAACUAUAAUUUAUCGUAAUAUUUCUGUAUAAGUAUUCUGCAUUAUUUA